AUGGUGGUCGGAGACUAUACUAAACAAUAUGCAGUUUUAAGAGAUUAUGUGUUAGAGUUACAAGCAACAAAUGUGGAUACAACUGUAAAAAUUCAAGUGGAGUCUGAGCCUAACUGUAAAAACUCAACCAGCUUAGGAGCUUUAAAGAAAGGGUUUACGAUUGGGAUGAGGGAUUUUUUGGGUUUGGAUGGUGCAUUCAUGAAAGGACCAUUCCCAGGUCAGAUUCUUAUAGUUGUUGGGGUUGAUUCCAACCAUGGAAUCUAUCCCCUAGCAUAUGCAAUUGUGGAGACUGAGAACACCGAUAGCUGGAAAUGGUUUUUGGAAUGUCUUGGAGAUGACUUGGACAUGGCUAACUCAAACUUCACAUUUAUCAGUGACAGACAGAAGGGUCUCAUACCUGCUAUUGCACACAUAUUUCCUUGUGUUGAACAUAAAUAUUGUCUAAGGCAUAUCUAUAAGAAUAUGAGAAAAGUAUGGAGGACUACGGAGUACAAGGAACAUUUGUGGAAUUGUGCUAAAGCCACAACCAUCCCGGAGUUUGAAACACUGAUGAGAGAGUUCAGAUCGUAUGACGUGGAAGCAUAUGAAUGGAUUAUGAAAAUCCCUCCCCAUCAUUGUGCUAGAAGCCAUUUAUCAGUUUUCAACAGUAAGCUCGUAAAAGGAAGGGAUAAACCAAUAAUAACAUGUUUGGAGUUCAUAAGGGAAUAUCUUAUGAAAAGAGUAUGUAAUGUGAUGAAGGUGAUAAACAAGUGCACAGGUUCACUAACACCUACUGGUGAAAGGUUGUUACAGGCAAACAUAUCAAGUGCUUCACAAUACACUGCAAGAUGGAAUGGAGUGAGUAAGUACCAGAUUAAAGGGCCAUGGCAUGAUCAACAUGUUGUGGACAUGGGGCAGAUGACUUGCAGCUGUAGGAAAUGGGAGUUGACAGGCAUGCCUUGCAAGAAUGCAAUUGCAAGAAUCAAUGAAAUGUCAGACAAUGGUGAGCAAGUAGGAGAACUGUACACCUAUGUGCAUAAGGUGUAUUGGCUAGAAACAUGGAAAAGCAUGUGCUCUUUCACAGUCGACCCUAUCAAAGGAAGGAGCAUGUGGCCUAAGAGUGAUUGUCCAACAACCCUUACCCCUCCACCACACCACAAGCAGCCAGGAAGACCAAAAAAGAAAAGGAGGCAGACUGCUGAUGAGAAGAGUGUAAGCCAAAGUCAGAAAGAGAACCCACAACAAGGUCAAUGUGAAAGUUAG